AUGCGCCGCUGCGCAUCGAGGCAUCCCACAGGCAGGCAGCGCACAUCUUCAUGGCAUGGCGUGGCAUGGCGUGGCAUGGCGUGGCAUGGCAUGGCCGGCUCCCUGGCUGGCUGGCUGGUCUUCGGAGAGGCAUGCAUGCCGUGCGCCUACGAUACCUACAUUUUUCAAUCACUCCCCAAGUCGCCUGUCGGCUCAACCGAGGCGCAAGGCACCACCCCAGCCAGGAGAGCAGCACGCAGACAGCAGACAGGCACGCACACCCGCAGCCAUCAAAAGUCAAAGUCAAAAAAUGUGUUGGACUCAGCGCGGGAAGCACGUAUCUCAAGGCACGCGCCUGUUCGCCAGCUCGCUCGCAGCUCUCCAUUCCCGAGCGGCGCCUCUCCCCAAAUUGGCAGGCAGGCAGCCAGUCCAAGCGGCGCUACCGAUUGCGACGUCCGAGCCGAGCUGCAGACGCUGCGUCGUGAGGCCCGCUCGAAAAUUCCCUCUGUCGCUUCGGCUCCAUGCCGAUGCUUCCCUUCGCACGCCCUGCUGCCGCUGCCAAGACGAGCAAGCGCUUUUUCUGGCACAUGGGCUUGCAAGUUGCAAGGCUUCAUCGCGCUCGCAGCCGUCGUUUCCCACGCAGUCCGAGCCGUCAUCGGUGCAGCCUGCAAGCUGACAUUCAAGCCCGCUGCGUACAUCCACCACAUACCUCACAAGCUCGUCCGCAGUCGGCCGACCGAGCCUGCGACACCCAUCUUGCUGGCCACCACGAGCAAUCUGGAACCCUGA